AUGUCGAGCCCAGCAAGAUCCAGCGGUAGUCAACGCCAGGAGACUGGUUCUCAAAACACCCCGUCAAAACAGACAACCAGCAAUAAUGAGACGGAAACGCCUCUUCGGAUGGGUAGUCGACCACAGGAAGCUAAUUUGGGUGAAAAUUCGGAUAAUGUUACUGUACCAACAUCACCAGCCGUGGGCGUGUCGGGAGUGGGAGUAAUGGCACCACCAACUAGUCCGUAUGUUGCUGCCGGUGGUACUGGCGCAGUUGGAAUGAGUGAGAUUGAUUUAAGCUCUCCAUUAAACUAUGGAACGCCCAGCUCGGCGAGUACGAUCCGUACUCCUAGAUCGGGUAUUCGAGGAACUCCUGCGAGACAGCGUCCAGAUAUUCGAACCGAUCGGCGCGUACGUCAAGUUAACGUUGCAUCUGAUCCACUAGAACCCAUACAGGAGGGCAGCCAACCUUCAGAAACAGACUCUGCUACCGCGAGUCAACCGAGACUGGUUGUUUGGGGAACUAACAUUGUCGUAUCUGAAUGUUUAAAAAAAUUCAAAGAUUUCAUUAUGCGAUACAUUGAUCCGGAUGCAGCCCAAGACGAGAUUUCGGAAGGAAUGAAUUUGAAUGACCCAUUGUAUAUGCAAAAGUUGGAGGAUAUACAUACACUUGAGGAGCCCUUUUUGAAUGUGAACUGCACCCAUCUAAAAACUUUUGACGAGACUCUUUAUCGGCAACUAAUUUGCUAUCCCCAGGAUGUUAUUCCAACUUUUGAUGUAGCUAUAAAUGAGAUGUUUUUUGAGCGUUACCCUGCUGCUAUAUUGGAGCACCAAAUACAAGUCCGGCCUUUUAAUGCGGAAAAAACACGAAAUAUGCGGGCACUGAAUCCGGAAGAUAUUGAUCAAUUGAUUACCAUUAGCGGAAUGGUCAUCCGAACAUCUAAUAUCAUGCCUGAAAUGAGAGAGGCUUUUUUCAAAUGUAUGGUCUGCGAUUUCAGUACUGUUGUCGAAUUAGAACGGGGAAGGAUUUCGGAGCCUACGUUAUGUUCGCACUGUAAUACCAAUCAUUGUUUCCAGCUAAUUCACAAUCGAUCACAGUUUGCUGAUAGGCAAAUGGUGAAGCUCCAGGAAGCGCCAGAUGAUAUGGCCGCUGGACAGACCCCACACAACGUAUUACUUCUGGCUCAUGAUGAUUUGGUAGACAAGGUUCAGCCAGGUGAUCGAGUAACUGUAACAGGCAUAUAUAAAGCUAUGCCGAUCCAAGAAAAUCCACGCCAGCGUAAUGUCAAAUCUGUGUAUAAAACACAUAUUGACGUGGUUCAUUUCCGAAAGGUUGAUGACAAAAGGUUGUACGAGCAGGAAGAUGGAAAGGAUCAUAUGUUUCCACCUGAACGAGUAGAACUUUUGAAAAAAUUGUCACAAAAACCCGAUGUUUACGACCGGCUAGUCAGAACUAUUGCACCAUCCAUAUAUGAAAACACAGAUAUAAAGAAAGGUAUUUUACUUCAAUUGUUUGGUGGUUCAAAAAAGAAGCAAGCUACAUCUGGCAGACAAAACUUUCGAGCGGAAAUACACAUUUUACUUUGUGGCGAUCCGGGUACUUCAAAAUCUCAGUUGUUACAAUACGUGUAUCAUUUAGUUCCAAGAGCACAGUAUACUUCGGGCAAGGGUUCAUCGGCCGUCGGUUUGACUGCCUACGUUACGAAAGAUCCGGAGACGAGGCAACUUGUUUUGCAAACUGGUGCUUUGGUUCUGGCGGAUAACGGUGUAUGUUGUAUAGAUGAAUUUGACAAGAUGAAUGAUUCUACCAGAAGCGUACUCCACGAAGUUAUGGAACAGCAGACACUCAGUAUUGCGAAAGCUGGAAUAAUUUGUCAAUUAAAUGCGCGUACUUCAAUUCUUGCAGCUGCUAAUCCUUCUGAAUCACAAUGGAAUAAAAAUAAAACUAUCAUCGAUAAUGUUCAGUUACCUCACACGUUGAUGUCUCGGUUCGAUCUAAUUUUUCUGAUUCUGGAUCCACAAGACGAGCUUUUUGAUCGUCGGCUUGCUGCACAUCUAGUUUCUUUAUAUUAUGCAACGCGCGAAGAUAAUGAAGACAAUUUAUUUGAUAUGAGCGUUCUUCGUGAUUACAUGGCUUAUGCAAAGGAACAUAUUAAUCCAGUUUUGUCGGAAGAAGCUCAACAGCGAUUGAUUCAGGCGUAUGUUGAUAUGCGCAAAGUCGGUGCGGGACGAGGUCAAAUUUCGGCAUACCCUAGGCAACUUGAGAGUUUGAUUCGACUCGCAGAAGCACAUGCUAAAGUACGACUCAGUGAAACCGUUGAAAUUGUCGAUGUCGAAGAAGCUUGGCGAUUGCAUCGGGAAGCAUUGAAGCAAUCUGCCACUGAUCCUUUGUCGGGUAAAAUAGAUGUCGGAAUUUUAACUACUGGAUUGUCUAGUGCUGCAAGAAAGAAACGUGCUGAGUUGGUAAAUAGUAUUAAGGACAAUCUUAAAGCCAAGGGUAAAAUUUCGACACUACCGUACCAGAAGCUGUUUGGGGAAAUUAAAGAAGCAUCUCAGGUGCUGGUGACAAAGGAACAGUUUGAAGAUGCAUUGAAGGAGUUGCAAGACGAAGGUGUCAUCGUUAUCGUCGGCAACAAUACGAUUAGGAUAUGCUAGAACGAUCAGUUUUUUAAUAGUACCAUAGUUUGUUAUUGCAAAGUGUGCAUCAUCUUAGGUACGUCCAAGCAUAAAACCUAAUAAUACAAUAAAAUUAAUAAUU